GAUACUUGUUGUACGUGUCAAGAUGGCCGAUACGACCGAAACUAUCGUGCUUAAAAACAAUAAGGACCCAUUAAAAAGUCACUACUUUUAAUUGAAGCGUUCGUUAAAUAGUGUAAUCUAUAUGUAUUGGAUUAUCGCAUGGGAAUAUUAGCAAGUUGUUCGAUAAAAAGUGUUUUCAACAUCGACUAAAAGUUUUGGUUCUGAUUUUAGUGUUAUAAUUUGUGUAUUUUCGUUGUUUUUCGCAACCAAUUGGAUUCUGAUCGGAGAUAUUGGUCUGGUUUUUUAGAGAUACCGCAGUUGGAGGUAGUCCAAGCUAUAUGAGUACUAGCAGCUAAACUGGAUCGCUAAACCUUCGCCAUGGACUCAGAGAGCCGAAGCGAGUCGGCUCUGAAUAGUCCCACGGAACCCGACGUGUCUCUGGCGGCUUCGCUCACGGACCCAUUAGAGGCUCACACGUUAGACGAAGCCAGGAGAACCAUAAGAGAUCUCCGUAUGAAAUAUCGAGCGCAGGCACAUCAGCUCUUAACAUGGCGUCGAGCGCAUCGCACUCAAGAGGAGCUUGUCUGUCGUUUGCAGCGAGAGAAAGCUGAGCAACUGAAAUCCCUCUCCAGUCAACUCUUACUCUUCGAGUCGCGUCUGGUCCGCAAGCAAAAGGAGAUAACAAAUAUGUUAGCCUUGAGAGAAACAAUCAUUAUGAAGCAACAGAAGGUAAUCGAGUCCCUGCAAGCUAAGCUUCUAGAUAAUGGUAUUGAAACAACUCAGGCAAUUCCAGAUUUCAGAGAACUGCUCCAAGAUACUCAUAUUACUGGUGAUUUCGAUUCUUUGAACGACUCAGACUCUGCUGUUAUUAUGGAAGAUGUAGACUCUGAUUGCAGCAAUCUACCCCACAUACCAAGGUUUAGAUCUACCAAUCCAGAUAGUGUGACAAUAGUUAGAUCAAUUUCGGAUGCUAUAGAUCCCAAUUUAAAGUACAAUAUUGUCAGGCGAUCAAAUGGUUUCUUGCGAAGACCAGAAAUAUUGGAAACUGUGUACAGUGUGGAAGAAGAGGCUGACGGUGAUUCUACUAAAGGCUUAAGUGCUCAAAGUAGCACAGAAAAAGAUAUUAAAGACGCCAAUAAAACCGAUGAAGAGAAGUAUAAAGAAACUAGUCUUCUUGCUCAACGGCGAGACAACUUCCGAAUGCGAAGCGUUGUUCUUACAGCUGAAGUUAAAAGUAUAGAUAGUGAUAAAGAUCUCAAAGCUAAGAGUGGUAAAGACAUGUGGUCGUACAGUUAUGUGCCAAAAAGAAUGACUCCUGCCAACGAUUCCGAUGAAGAGGUCACUUCAAACGCCGAAAGCGACGAGGGUGAGCCAGAACAACGAUCUAAUCCUGUGGUGACAUAUAAUCGAGUCAUGUCUAAUCACAGAAAUGUCACAAAACCUAAAGACGUGAAAUAUAAGCGUAUAAAUAAAGCUAAGUCGAAAAGUUUAGAAGAAUUGAGAGGUAGAUUAAAGAAUUGGGUAGAAAAAGGGAAUAAGUUGUCGAGUAUACCACUGGAACAUGCCCAGAGUUAUGCCUGAACAACUUUAACGGAGUUCCUGUAAUUAAGUUCACGUGUGAAAUUUCACGACGUUGAAAAGUUUACGAUCCUAGCCGUGUUCGACGUAGCGAGAAAUUUGCUGUUAUUUGUUUCCACAACAGCUUUGAUAAAACACGAUUUAAGGAUAACCAUGUGUUUAUAACAGUUGCACGUCUUUAGGAUUUAAUCCGGGGUUUCAUUAUUCUGAGAAUUCGACUGUGAUUUUGAAUUGCAAACGAAAUGAAACCUCUGGAAUUCUUAGUGAAAGUCUACUUUUAAAUGUUACAAAUAUUAAGUACCUUUACUAAAUAGGGUUGUACCUAACAGCUUUACUGAAUGAGGCAAAUUUAUUAUUGAUACACUAUUCUUGAUACUUGGACUAUUGUAAAUAAAUUUCUAAUAAUUAUGUAUUAAUAUAUGUUUGCAACAUAAAUCUAGCGUAAAUUGUAGAUUUUUAAAAUUAAUUCUCAUCACAAUUUUCUAUUGGAAUAUUUUAUUAAUGACUAUUUUUUCAGUGUAUCGAAGUUACAUUAUUAAAAAAAUAAAUAUUAAUUUCUUAUAAUUCUUAAUAUUUCGCGAGUAAAGUUAUAUAAUAUAACAAUCAUUAUUUUAUUUAAUUUCAAUAGAAAAUGGUGAAGAAGCUUGAAAUAUAACAAAAUUUUUGUGCACGACUGAUUUUACGUAUUUCAUUUACUAAUAUAAGAAAGUUGAUUGGAAAUCGCGAGUCGCUUUAUUGGAAUUGAUAAAGUCGGUCUGUGAUGUAAGAACAGGAAAAAUCUGAACAGUAUCUUUAUUCUUUCCUUAUAAUUCAGCAAUUCAUUGCAGCUGUAAAAAUAUGCUAGUGUUUAAUAUUUAAAAAAAAUUGCAAAACUAAAUGUAUAGAGAAAUGUUCAUAUUGUAUUCUUCUCGGUGCCAAUUUAUUAAGAAUAAUAUUGUAUGUUUCACAAAUAAUAAAUAUAUUGUUUUUGUAUGGGACGUUGAUUGUAAACAAUGGACGAAAUAUUGCCAAAUCUAAACAUAGUUUAAUGACCUAUAACUGUAACAAUAACAAAUGAAAAAGAAGCUUUUCUUUUUUAAAUGAAACAUGGUAAAUAAUGGUUAGGUACAUGUAAAUAAUAAUUCAAUUUAAUGAUUCAAAAAUUCCAUAUACUUCAGUGGAAUUUUUAUUGAGUCAAGAGAUAUUGUCAUUUUUCCAUCGUUAUUAAAUUAUUUAUAAUUAGUCACUGUUAAACAAUAUGACAUGUGUAUAAUAAAUAAGUAAUCAUAUUAUUAUUGUACCUUCAUUAUAAAUUUAGUAAUUAAUUUAGUACACCCUAUUGAGUUUACGUAAUUAUGUACAGUUAAAAUAUUUUGUUAAUUUGAAAAAUACUCGAACUCAGAACCUCAACUAUUUUCAUCUUUUGUCACAAAAUUAUAGUGUAUCGACUUUUAUAUAAAUAAUAUAUUAUAAUAAAAGUGAAUAUAAAAUGAUAUCAACGUCCCAUACAAAUUAUCCCACAUAUCAUACUCAGCAGUAGGAAAGAAAUGGCUUCAAAUCUAUAUUUUAAAUAAAAAUAUUGUGCUCUAUGAUCAUUACAUAAUAGUAAUAAAAAAAAAAACAAUUAUUCAAUUGAAAUAAACACG